AUGUCACUUUGUGAGGACGAGGGAUAUUUCCAUGACUAUGGGAGCCUAGUCAGCAAAGGUUCACGAGGGCAUAAUAAACGCAAGCCGGGCAAAACUUUCUCUGAUCGAAGACUUUUCGCGAAAACUAUUCAUGACCCUGAAAAUACUCUGAGCAACAGAGCACACAAACGUCUCCUCGCUGAUCGAUCAGAUGGAUUUUGUCCGAAUGUGCCUUACUCUAUGGAUAAACAUGACAGAUGGAAGACGGUUACUCCGGCGUCACUUCUCAAUAAUCACCCGACUUCGGCCCCUGAACUUCGCGUGAUUGUACGAAAAGCCACGCAGAUUCCACCUCAUAAAGAGCACCACGCUUCCGCCGCUAGCAGCCUACGUGUGCUCGAUGGUGAUGUAGUUACGACGAUUUUCUCUACAAAAAGAAGGAUCACGGCUAGUUCCAAGCGACUGAAUGAAGGACGGCAAAAUGGAAGAGAAGAGAUCGAGCAAGCAAGAAUUCAGUUCGAUAUUAUAGCUGCUCCACGUCUGCGUUCCAAAUCUAGAAAAUUUAGGAUAGGUAGUAGGACAAGAAAUGGACGCAACUGUGUGGGACCUGAUGAUUACGAAGAAAUUGCUGAAUAUUUAGCGAACUCUGCUCGAUACUCGUCAUAUUAUGAUUGUGCCGAUUUCCAGCCGUCUUCCUCAAGAAUUCCCAAACCAACGCUCGGAGAUUUCCUGCACUGUGAACAGCCAACAACCUCUUCGAAAUUAGUAGAGGAAAAUACCAGUAUCUCUGAAAUUGGCUCUUCUGUUGAGAUUAUUUCAACAAAGCCUGCUACUCUCAUUGACAUUUCUGGGGCCACUCAUACUGCUCAUAUCUUUGAAAUUAUCUAUUUUUACCUUACAAAAUUGGAGAAGUUCGAUCUUCGAGAGGAGGUUACGCGUCUACUGCCUAACUAUUGCACUAUGCAGUGGUUCGGCGAGGAUCGUGUUUCAAUAAAAACUAACCCUUCGGUUAUAUUAUUCUUUGUAAUAUUUGUGGAGAUAGAUACGGCUGAAGGCAAACUCAGAUUCCGCAUCAACACAAACACUCCAUACCCUCCUGGUUUUGGCAGGAAGGAUCUUAUCAAAUUACUAAUGAAGGCAAGAAGUUUUUCAGUGUUGUUGAACGAUUUGAUUGAAUUCAUCCUAAGCACAGUAGAAAGCAAGAACCUCAGCAGCCAACCGCCUAAAGAUAGCCGAUGUUGUCAACGUAAAGAGGAUUUCCUGCCACGCGUUAACAGUGAAAUGUUGGCAUUUUCGGGAACCCUGCUUUUGGAGCAUCAAAAGCUUGCAUUUUUUGAAUCACAUUACAGUUCAGGCGAUUUCGAGAUUGUUUGCAAAUCUGAGAUUAUACAAUUUUGGGAAGCCCGUGAUGUCUGCUACCGAUGCAACUCUCCAUACAAUACCGAUCUCUUCCCGACUGUAGAUGGUUCGAUGUGUAGGCAGUGUGUAGCUUCCUAUGUGAUACAUCAGCUCCGUCUCAACCGUUUUCCCUUACAAAUCCCGCUUGUGCCGGGCAGUAACAAUUCCUCUAUUGAUCUCCUCUAUGCAGUUUUGCCUGCUCCCGUUAUUUCAUUGAUAAUACAGAUGUCUUUCGCGUACUUCUACACGCUUGAUUACCCUAAAGCGGUAUUCUUACAAUGUCCUAAAUGCUCCCUAUCACUGGUGGCUCCUAGAAGAAACGAAUUCAUUAUUUGUUCAUGCCCGGUAUGUGGGUGCUACUGGUGUUCCCUUUGUAACUGGGAACCACAUUGGCCGAUGAACUGCAAAGAAUUCAGGGAGUGGAGCAAAAAAUGGGAACAACAAUACUCAUUUGAAAAGUUCAACCUCGACAAUGGAGAACGUCUUCUAUGCAUAACGUGCGAUUGCGGGCAAACCUUCUAUGCUCCUGAGAACUCGGCUCACGGAACGAUCUGCCCAAAUCGGAGAUGUGAAUUACGCUACGAUAGAGCUGAAAUGAUGCGAUACCCAUGGGAUUUCUAUGGUCCUUUCUUUGUUAUGUACCGGAAGAGAUAUCACAAGAGAGGCAAGAAAGAGGGAGUUCCCGCACAGGCGAAGUACGUGGAGCCGAAGAGACUCAUAAGGAAGGAAUAUUCGAAGGUAUGCGCGGAAGCAAGGAAGCGAAGAUUCGAUGUUGAAGACAGGAAAAAUUUUGAGAAAGCAGUUACCAAAAUGUUUUCUUGCAAGUCGAGUGCCUCCGAUGCGAUUAACUUGAGAAGAACAGCUCUUUUUCUAGUAGAAACUUGCACAGCAUGGCUAUACCUUCACCGAUCCGAAGACCAUCAACAUUUGAAAUCAUUAGUUUUGCAUCUCCUUGAAAAUUACUCAAUCCUGCAGGAAGAAAUUUCACUUUCAGAAUCAAACGUUACUGCAAGGUUCGAUGAUUUGAAGAUAGCCAUCACUAAGGUGCUCACCCUGUUUUCUCAAAGUAUCAACGCAGCAAAUGUUCAUCAAUUUGUGCUUGAGCUUUGCAAGAAAAAUAAGGAUGCCCUCCACAACGGUUUAAUGCCCCAUAUUGGCUUGGAGGUGACUCCUGGCGUCGAACUGCGAUGCACAGCGGAAGUACGUCCGCCGCCAGGAUCUCCCAAGCUGAAAAGACCUUCUCGGAAUCGGAAGCCUAGCUAA